CUAAGCCCCACCAAUAGAUACAGAAAAUGAAGAAGUCUCGCCAUAUCCGGCGCAGCCUCUGGCGCUUGCGCCCUGUGCAGAAGAGGUUGGUGACGUCCGGUGGAAUCCAAGAUGGCGGCGCUAGGUUCAUCCUAGUCUCGAUAACGGAAGUGUUGCUUCACCUCGCCUGAAGCCCCUUGGGGGAUUCUGCGCUGCUCCGCCCUGCCCACAGCAGCUAUGUCUGGGCCAGGCAGCAAACGCGCCGCGGGCGAUGGGGGCUCAGGGCCCCCAGAGAAGAAGCUGAACCGCGAGGAGAAGACCACAACCACUCUUAUCGAGCCCAUUCGUCUUGGAGGCAUUUCUUCCACGGAGGAGAUGGACUUGAAGGUACUGCAGUUCAAGAACAAGAAACUAGCAGAGCGAUUAGAACAGCGACAAGCUUGUGAAGAUGAACUCCGAGAACGAAUUGAAAAGCUAGAGAAGCGGCAGGCCACAGAUGAUGCCACACUCCUCAUUGUCAAUCGAUACUGGGCCCAGCUGGAUGAAACUGUGGAAACCCUCCUUCGUUGCCAUGAGAGACAACGGGACCUGUCUACAGGACCAGAGGCACCUGGGACCCAAGAGAAGCCAACGCGUGAUGUGAUCCCUCUAAUGGAGCCAGGGACAUCAGAACUGAGGGAAGUCCUACCAAUGCAGCUGCGACCCCCUCUCAGUGAGCCAGCUUUGGCUUUUGUGGUGGCAUUGGGUGCCAGCAGCAGUGAGGAAGUGGAGCUGCAGCUACAGGGACGGAUGGAAUUCUCCAAGGCAGCUGUGUCCCGGUUGGUAGAGGCCUCAGACUGCCUGCAGCGCCAGGUAGAGGAACUCUGUCAGCGAGUAUACAGCCGAGGGGAUGGAGAACCUCCCAGUGAGGUGACUUGGGCACGUACCCGAGAGCUGGGCAGAGAGAACCGGCGACUACAGGACUUAGCCACUCAGCUGCAAGAGAAGCAUCACCGAAUCUCACUGGAGUACUCUGAGCUCCAGGAUAAAGUGACAUCAGCUGAAACCAAGGUGCUCGAGAUGGAGACAACGGUGGAGGACCUACAGUGGGAUAUUGAGAAGCUGCGCAAACGAGAGCAAAAGCUCAAUAAGCAUCUGGCAGAGGCCUUGGAGCAGCUGAACUCUGGGUACUACGUUUCUGGGAGCUCUUCAGGCUUCCAGGGGGGCCAGAUAACACUCAGCAUGCAGAAGUUUGAGAUGUUGAAUGCAGAGUUGGAGGAAAACCAGGAGCUGGCCAAUAGCCGCAUGGCAGAGCUGGAGAAGCUGCAGGCUGAACUUCAGGGGGCUGUGAGGACCAACGAACGCCUCAAGGUGGCCCUGCGGAGCCUUCCUGAGGAGGUGGUACGUGAGACUGGAGAGUACCGUAUGCUGCAAGCCCAGUUCUCACUGCUUUACAAUGAGUCCCUGCAAGUGAAGACCCAGCUGGAUGAGGCCCGGGGCUUGCUGCUGGCCACUAAGAAUUCCCAUUUGAGACACAUUGAGCACAUGGAGAGUGAUGAGCUGGGACUACAGAAAAAGCUGCGCACGGAGGUUAUCCAGUUGGAGGACACGCUAGCCCAGGUACGCAAGGAGUAUGAGAUGCUGCGCAUCGAGUUUGAACAGAACCUGGCAGCCAAUGAGCAGGCAGGGCCUAUCAACCGUGAGAUGCGCCACCUAAUUAGCAGUCUCCAGAAUCACAACCACCAGCUGAAAGGGGAUGCCCAGCGAUACAAGCGGAAGCUUCGAGAAGUACAGGCUGAGAUUGGCAAGCUCCGGGCCCAGGCCAGUGGUUCUACCCAUUCCAUCCCCAACCUGGGCCACCCAGAGGACUCUGGCCUUGGUACCCCAGCUCCAGGCAAAGAAGAGAGUGGGCCAGGCCCUGUUGUUAUUCCCGACAGCAGAAAGGAGAUAGCAUUAGUACCUGGUGCCACCACUACUACUUCCUCAGUGAAAAAGGAGGAGCUGGUCCCUUCUGAAGAGGAUGCCCAGUCUCUAACCCCUGGGACCCAGGGCCCUUCCUCCCGGGCCCGAGAACCUGAGACCAGGCCUAAGCGAGAACUUCGGGAACGGGAAGGGCCUAGCCUGGGACCUCUACCUGUAGCCUCAGCUCUCUCAAGGGCUGAUCGAGAGAAGGCCAAGGUGGAGGAAGUCAAGAGGAAGGAGUCAGAACUGCUCAAGGGUCUCCGAGGAGAGCUCAAGAAGGCCCAGGAAAGCCAGAAGGAGAUGAAGCUGCUGCUGGAUAUGUACAAGUCUGCCCCCAAGGAGCAGCGGGACAAGGUGCAGCUCAUGGCAGCUGAACGCAAGGCUAAGGCUGAGGUUGAUGAACUGCGGAGUCGCAUCCGGGAACUGGAGGAAAGGGAUCGAAGGGAGAGCAAGAAGAUUGCAGAUGAGGAUGCCCUUCGGCGCAUUCGGCAGGCAGAGGAGCAAAUUGAACAUUUACAACGCAAAUUGGGUGCUACAAAGCAGGAAGAAGAGGCUCUGCUGUCCGAGAUGGAUGUGACAGGUCAGGCUUUUGAGGACAUGCAGGAACAGAAUGGGCGGCUACUACAGCAGUUGCGGGAAAAGGACGAUGCCAACUUUAAGCUAAUGUCAGAGCGGAUCAAGGCCAACCAGAUUCACAAGCUUCUUCGGGAGGAAAAGGAUGAGCUGGGCGAGCAAGUUCUUGGUCUCAAAUCCCAGGUGGAUGCCCAGUUGUUGACCGUGCAGAAGCUGGAGGAAAAGGAGCGGGCCUUGCAGGGCAGCCUUGGGGGAGUGGAGAAGGAGCUGACUCUGCGCAGCCAGGCCCUGGAGCUCAACAAAAGGAAGGCAGUGGAAGCAGCCCAAUUGGCUGAGGACCUCAAGGUGCAGCUGGAGCAUGUACAGACUCGUCUGCGAGAGAUCCAGCCUUGCCUGGCAGAGAGCCGGGCUGCUCGUGAAAAAGAGAGUUUCAACCUCAAAAGGGCUCAGGAGGACAUUUCACGGCUGCGGCGCAAACUGGAGAAGCAGAGGAAGGUGGAGGUUUAUGCAGAUGCUGAUGAAAUUCUUCAGGAGGAGAUCAAGGAGUAUAAGGCGCGGUUGACCUGCCCCUGCUGUAACACCCGCAAGAAGGAUGCAGUCCUUACCAAGUGCUUCCACGUUUUCUGCUUCGAGUGUGUGCGGGGCCGCUAUGAGGCCCGCCAGAGGAAGUGCCCCAAGUGCAACGCAGCCUUUGGUGCCCACGACUUCCACCGAAUCUACAUCAGCUGAACUUGAAACUCAGGGGACUUUGGAACACCCAUGGAUCCUGGGGGCUGUGCCCCUAGUCCCUCCCCAUCCUAGGUGCAAUGGUUCCAUUCAAGACCCCAUGGGCCCAAUCCCUGCCCCAUUUAUUUGGUUCAGGGGCCCUGGUACAUGCUAUGGGAAUGGAAUGGGGCUCAACUCAUCUUUUCCUGAAGGUCAGCUGCAGCCAAGAGAUCACUCCUAUGAGGCCCAGAGCACUUCUAGAGCUUGGGAACUGGCUCUAACCGUGCUCCUACCCUAUGGACCCAUCCUAGCCCAAAGGAGAAAAUUCCCAGGCUGUGUCCUUCCACCUUAGAGGAGCUUCACUACCUGCCAGCACACCCACAGUGAGGACCGGAGGUGGGCCAGGCCUUCUACCCCUUGCUUGAGACUAAGCUUUAGGGCCCUUUGGAGACUCAUCACCCACUAGCCCUCACCCCCACCUUGUCCCAGCCUGGGCAGGGCUCCUAUCCUUCCUGACGCAUUCCCUGGACAGUAGGUACAUAGCAGGUGCUUCUGCUAGGACCUAAAGGAACUGCUUCUGGAGGCACUACCCUGUUCCUCUGGGAGCUCUGCAGUUGCUGGGGUUACUGCUGUUGGGAGUGCUGAAUCAAGAUGACCAGUUUCUAUUCUAAUCUGAUCCAUCCCAAUCUAUUCCUUUGCAAAGCCCACUUAACCUCCAACCCAUGCAUCCCACAGCUCCACUGGGUCCCAGACCCUAACCCUGUUUUUAUCCAGGUGGCAUUAACUGUAGUGGAGGUGAAACUUCCCAGAUGUGACAGGUUAGUCUCAGCUGCUGGGCCAACUUCGGAUCAUUCCAGAUAGAAGAGUUUCAUCCAGUACCCAGUGAUGGAGCCUGUAACCAUGAUACUACUUGUGCUGCCUUCCCAGGCUUACUUCAUGGGCUAUGAAGUCAGUAACAGGGAGGCCUGGGAGGUGGAGCUAUGGACAGACGCGCAGGGACCUACUUGGAUUCAGUCUGCUCUAGAGAUGUCUUGUACAGGCUAUUAUGAAUAAAUGUGCCACUUGUGGCCUACAGCCAGCGUAGCCAGACCUCCUGUACCAAAUGUCCUGGGUUUAGCUGCUACACCUGUCCAGCUCUCCCUUUGCUUGGUGUGGACCUGGGAGGAGGGCUGGGCUUGUAUGAGAAGCACUCUUGCCCAUACCCAUACUGAUAGCUUAGUUACACCGGGUAAGCCCAACAGGCGAAGGAUACGGUCUAGCAGAGGGCAGAGGGAGGGAAUCUGCACAGCUGACCUCUUAACUACCAUCAACACCAGCCCCCACUCCCCACCCCUGCCUGGGCUGGCCGGGCCCUCGACAGUCUUUGUCUGCUAGGGCCAGGCUGCAACCUGGGAAGGGUAGUCCGGUAGCGCUUGGCGCUGUAGAGGUUGUCGGAGAGCAGGUUACCUGGUUGUGCUGAGGGAAAUCUGGCCCUCGGAGCUUUCACCACCCCUAUCCUACGAAUGCACAGAUUUAGGACUCUUCGGCCAGUGAUUUUGUUCAUGACUUCAUUAACUACUGCGCGUGCCACGGUUCAGCGCGCAGGAGGACCCGUGGGCGGAGGCAUCGCUGUGGUGGUGCUGGAACUGGACCCUGGACCAGUGCUGGCUGGGGUUGAGGCCAAAGCAGUGGCUGCUGACUUGGUCAGGACUUUGUGGGUCUCUACCGCCAUUUCAGUGGUUGCGAGACCGCAGGGACUGGCACACUUGUCCUUUUUCGGGCCCCAUUGAGUCCCCUGUGUUUUGGCGGGGUCACCAUGGCUGCUCCAUGUUGGGCUGGAGAUGGAGGUACGAGCUGCUGUGCCCUCAGGAGCGGUGUUGGUGGUGAUAGGCACGCUGACAGAGCCACGUGCCGUAGCAGGAGAGGUCAUUGGGCCACAGAGGAGUUGUGUUUGGAUGGGGCACAACAGUGCCAAGGCUAGGGGAAAGCAGGAUUACAUCACAGAGGUGCAGCCAUCUAUGCCAGUGGCAAUGACCCGUGUCUGGAGCUCUGUGCCCAGGAAGAGUCUCAGCCAAUCUUCUCUCAGCAUGAUCCUUUUUCAGGAGUCACUUGGAGUGGGCUACCUAAGUAAAUGCAAGUAACUGGA